AUUAUUGCUUGGGCGCAAACAAACGAAGGAUACUCAUAUAAUUCCUUCUCAAUAUACCCGACGCAUUUUGACGAGUAGCCGCGAGAUAACUAACGCAUUAAAGGACGAAAAAAGUGUAUAAUUCAUAAUAGCAAAACCCAGGGAUACCAGUUUUUAGAAGAGAGUUCGUUUCAAAGUAUGUGGCGAUGUUGUUCCUGUUGUCUACCCCGAUUAGGCCAGACAGAGAUGCUGGAGAAUAUCAAUAUUCUAGUUCUGGGCUUGAAUGGAAGUGGUAAAACAGAAAUCUGUCAUGUUUUGUCUGAUAAAAAGAGGACGGACAUGUUCCCAACCAAUGGAUUGCGUUUGUUCGCUCGAAAGAUUGAAAAUUUCGCGGUCACUUUUACGGAAAUCGGAGGAAAUGAGGGCAUACGGAACAUUUGGCAUCACUACUAUCCAAAGGCGCAUGCUAUCAUCUACGUUGUAGAUUUGGCCGACGAGGUUGCAAUAAACGAAUCAUAUGAUGUCCUUUCGAACGUCAUAAAGCACCGCUUCAUUCAGGGAAAAUCUAUCUUGGUCCUGGCAAACAAGACAGACCUAUGUGAGCAUCCGGACAUAUUAGACUUCUAUGAGCGCUUCCCACUUGAAACGUUAGCAAACUUCUAUCAAUCUCAUAUCCUGCUGCAAUGUUGCGGCCACAAUGACUACACUGAGUUAUACUCAGGAAUAGACUGGCUACGCCAUCGUAUUGAAAUCGACCUUCAGCACCUGAAAAAUCGGAUAAGUUUCGACAUUGAGUCGGGAAAAAACCAGAAUGAUAGUCGGAGUCGAAUUCGCAGGUUAACCAGUAUGAGUCAGGUUCGGGGCUUCCUGCGUCGACCGAGGUCAGCACCAAGUGUAGCUACUUCAUCAGCACGUGCCAAACAAGGAACCGGCUCAUUUUCAAGGAGUCGUCGCUUGAUACGUAAAAAUCGAGUUCAUAGCGCUGAUCAGGGGCCGAAUAUUGCACAACAGGAGGUUAACGGCGUGAAAGUCGAAGGUAAUACUAUCCCUGAGAAUGUUUCAGGGGAGGCGAUGCAACGAUAAUUUGGCUGAAUGACACGUUUUUAUUACGCAAAAAAAUGAAAAGAAGCGUCCUGUGAUAUUGGGUUUUUUUUCCAAUUGUCCUUAAUUGAUACAUUCACUGCUCAAUUUGACCAAAGAUUUCCAAUCAUCAGAAAAUUUGUAUGACCUGUAGAAUAGUAAAAUAAAACUGAAAGAUUUCA